GCUUUCCCCCCGUUCCCGGGCAAGGCGCCCUGCGGGGGCGGAUGCGGGAGCUGAGCGCGGGGGGGGCCGUGCGGGAAGGCCGUGGGAAGGGGUGAGCGGCCGAGGGGCGUUCAGCGUCCCCUGCCCAGUGCAGACCCCGGUGAGGGGUGCUGGGCUUGUGGGCAGCACCGGGAGGCGCAGCCCCGUGGCCGGCGGAAGAUGAGGAGGCUCCCGACCGCCGGGAGAGGAAGGUUCCGGUGGGAGCCGGGACCCCGCGCUGGAGGGGUCGCGGACCAAGAGAGCACCGAGGAGAUGUCGGCUGUGAAGCCCGACAAGGGCGAAGGCGAUGCCAGCAGCACGAGCAGCGCCGGCGGCGGGGAGGCCCAGGAGUCUCAGCCAUCCCCGCUGGCUCUGCUGGCAGCCACCUGCAGCCGCAUCGAGUCUCCCAAUGAGAACUCCAACAGCUCCCAGGGCCAGCAGGGCGGGAGCGGCGAGCUGGACCUGAACGCGGCCGCCGCCCAGCUCACCCAGUCAGCCAACGGCUGGCAGAUCAUCUCGGCGGGCUCCAGCACCCCCACGGGCUCCAAGGAGCCGGGCAGCAACGGCAGCAAUGGUGGUGACGCCUCCAAGAGUCGCCCGGUCAGCACCGGGCCCUACGUGGUCACCUCGGCGUCCGGCCUGCAGAACCAGCAGGUGCUCACGGGCCUGCCGGGCGUCAUCCCCAACAUUCAGUACCAGGUUAUCCCCCAGUUCCAGACCAUCGACGGGCAGCAGCUGCAGUUUGCCACCACCCCAGCGCAGGUGAACGUACAGCAGGAUGCCUCGGGGCAGCUGCAGAUCAUCCCCGGCUCCAACCAGCAGAUCAUCACGAGCCGUGCGGGCGGCAGCAACCUCAUCGCCAUGCCCAACCUGCUGCAGCAGGCCGUGCCCAUCCAGGGCGUGGGGCUGGCCAACAACAGCCUCUCUGGGCAGACCCAGUAUGUGGCCAAUGUGCCCGUGGCCCUGAAUGGCAACAUCACCCUGCUGCCGGUCAACAGCGUGGCUGCCAGCCUGGCCCCCACGUCCCAGACGGGCACCCUGAGCAGCUCGGGCUCGCCAGACAGCAGCUCCCAGCCGGCCACCUCGGGGGCUGCCAGCAGCUCGGGCAGCACGGCCACAUCCCAGGCCAGUUCGGGCGCCUUCUUCACCAACGCCAACAGCUACUCCACCACCACCACCACCAGUAACGUGGGCGUCAUGAAUUUCUCUACCAGUGCCACGGUGGGCACCAACGUGCAGGCGCAGACACCACAGAGGGCCAGCAGCGUGCCCAGCUCGGACUCUCUGCAGAGCCCAGUGUCCGGGGUGGCCCUGCAGCCGGGGCAGCAGAAGGAGGGGGAUCAGAGUCAGCAGUCCCAGCAGCAGCAGCAGAUCCUGAUCCAGCCGCAGCUGGUCCAAGGAGGGCAGACAAUCCAAGCCCUGCAGACCACCCCUCUGUCUGGCCAGACCUUUGCCACUCAAGCCAUCUCCCAAGACACCCUGCAGAACCUGCAGCUCCAAGCCGUGCCCAACUCGGGCCCCAUCAUCAUCCGCACGCCCACGGUGGGUCCCAACGGGCAGGUGAGCUGGCAGACCAUCCAGCUGCAGAACCUGCAGGUGCAGAACCCCCAGGCGCAGACAAUCACGCUGGCCCCCAUGCAGGGGGUGUCGCUGGGCCAGACAGGCAGCACCAGCACCACGCUGACCCCCAUCGCCUCCCUGCCCAGCGGCACCGUCACCGUCAACGCCGCCCAGCUCUCCUCCGUGCCGGGCCUCCAGACUAUUAACCUCAGUGCCUUGGGAGCGUCCGGGAUCCAGGUGCACCAGCUGCAGGGGCUGCCCCUGGCCAUCGCCAACGCACCCGGUGAGCACGGGGCCCAGCUGGGGCUGCACGGCGGCAGCGGGGACGGGCUGGGCGACGAGAGCGCGACUGUGGAGGAGGGGGAGACCAGCCCCGACCCCCAGCCCCAGCAGGGCCGGAAAACACGGAGGGAAGCCUGCACGUGUCCCUACUGCAAGGAGGGAGAGGGCAGGAGCUCUGGGGAUCCAGGGAAAAAAAAGCAGCACAUCUGCCACGUGCCAGGCUGCGGGAAGGUGUACGGGAAAACCUCGCACCUGCGGGCACACCUGCGGUGGCACACGGGGGAGAGGCCCUUCAUCUGCACCUGGGUGCUGUGCGGGAAGCGCUUCACCCGCUCCGAUGAGCUGCAGCGGCACAAGCGCACGCACACAGGAGAGAAGAAAUUCGCCUGCCCCGAGUGCCCCAAACGCUUCAUGCGCAGCGACCACCUCUCCAAGCACAUCAAGACCCACCAGAACAAGAAGGGAGGCGCCACCAACGUGGCCAUGAACGUCUCGGCCGUCCCCAUGGACACGGCGGCCUCGGCCGAGGGCAACGGCGGCGCCACACCUUCGGCGCUCAUCGCCACCAACAUGGUGGCCAUGGAGGCCAUCUGCCCCGAGGGCAUCGCCCGCCUGGCCAGCAGCGGCAUCAACGUCAUGCAGGUGGCCGACCUGCAGUCCAUCAACAUCAGCGGCAACGGCUUCUGAGCCCGCGGCCAGCGCGGGGACGGCCACGGAGCCGCCGGCGUCGGCACCUGCAGCACUAACCCAGCCCGGCGCCGCUGCCACCUCCACUCGAAGGCCAGAGCUAUAUAUAUAUAUAUUUUUUAAUUUCGGCUUGA